AUGUCUUAUAAAAAGAUUUACGGUUUUCUGUGUAUUGUGGCGGUUGCAGCAGCCUUACCCGCUGAAGAAACACGCGGCGGCCAUGCUAGAAAUGCAAUUGGCGGUGAAAACGACAUCAUGGAUAGCAUCUAUAGUGAUUGCCUGCGCAAGGAUUCAGUGUCGUGUGUUAAAUACAAAUUAUUCAAUUUCGUCGACAAAGUCCUCGCUGCCCGUGAUCAAUUUGCUUUAACCGAAGGUGUAACAGUCGUUAAGACACCUGGAUCGGAAGCCAAUGGUGGUGGUGGUGGUGGUGCUCCACGUUCAAUUUCCGCUGAUGAAUCAUUUGAAUCGUUGGCUUUGAAUCGCAUCACCAGUUUCCUGCAAUCGCACACCAUCAAAGUUGAAUUAAAGGGUGCCGAUAUUGUUAGUGCUGUAUCAUCGACUGGACGUGCUUUGGAAGAUGUUUCCGAGACACUCUUUGGCAAUGAUGAUCCAAAUGCACCUGAAUCAGAGAGUCGUGGCAAGAAGAAGAAGGCUGCCAAGAUCUUGGGACCUAUUCUAGCUUUGGUUGCUAUUAAAGCUGCUGCCUUAUUGCCAUUGUUGUUGGGUGCAAUUGCCUUGAUUGCUGGUAAGGCUUUGUUGAUUGGUAAGAUUGCUUUGGUGCUGUCUGCUGUUAUUGGGCUGAAGAAAUUAUUGUCACAAGAGAAACAUGUUACUUAUGAGGUUGUUGCUCAUCCACAUCAUUCGGCUAGUCAUUCGGUGAGUCAUGAUGCAUAUGGCAGUGGUUAUAGUGCUGAUGCUGGCAGUUCCGGAAGUUAUGGUAGCUCUGGUCAUGGUGGUUGGGGACGAUCGCUAGAUGCUCAAGAUUUAGCAUAUAAAUCACAAAAGCCAGUUUCUGUUCAAUAAGACAUGAUUAAAAGAAA